UACCCCGCGGACUGCGGUGAAGGUGAGAUUGCUUUUGACCCUUGCUGACUCGCAGGCUUCAACUGGAACGGUAAUCUCAUGACCUGUGUCAUGACCACGGAUUCGAAGUGUACACCGGACCAAUGGUUCAAUCAACGUACAAAUGAUUGCAACGAACUCUCCUGGGCUAUUGACCCGCCAGCCAGCAACCCGCCGUCGGGCAGAAAUUGUCCAACCGGGUGGUUCUGGUACGAUACACGAGGAAACUGUCAAUCCAUAAGUCCGAGAUCUCCCGCUCCAGAUUGCGAUAAUUGGAACGACAAGCAGUUGGUAUGCGGCUCUGACCCGACAGCUCGGUCCCUACCGUCUGGAGCUGGCGGAGGGUCUGGCGGAGGGUCUCAUGGUGGAAGCUGGAGCUCGGGAGGGUCGUCAGGGGGAAGCUCUAGUUCGGGAGGAUCGUCGGGGGGAAGCUGGAGUUCAGGAGGGUCGUCAGGAGGCAGCUCUAGCUCCGGGGGAUCGUCGGGAGAAAGCUCUGGCUCAGGGGGAUCCUCAGGGGGUGGGUUCAAUUGGGGUCAAGGGGGUGGGAAACAAGGCCAUAGUGGAUGGAGUCAAGGAGGUGGCCAUGGCGAAGGACAUGGAGGUCAAGGUGGCCAGGGCGGCGGAUGGGGCAAGGGCGGAGGCAGUGGCGAAGGGCACGGAGGUCAAGGUGGCCAGGGUGGCGGAGGGAGCAAGGGCGGAGGCAGUGGCGAAGGGAGCAAGGGCGGAGGCAGUGGCGAAGGGCACGGAGGUGGAGGCAGCAAGGGAGGGGCCGGCCAAGGUGGUGGAGGAGGUGGUGGGGGCGACCACGGUCAAGGUGGUAAAGGCGGCGGGAAAGACUGCGGGAAACGAGGCAUCAAUGGCACAGAGACCUCAAACUCGACAAACCCGACCAGCACCAAGCGAGAUUUCCUUGGCAGACAAAACAUUCUCAUCACACGAGACAACACGCAAUCCGAAUUGGACAAAAUUUACUGUCCAGACGGUCUACACGCAUGUUCCGUCAAUACUCCGAGUGGCGGAGCCUGGGCAUACGAAUGCCUCGAUUGGCUCACUGAACUCGUAUCCUGUGGUGGAUGUCUAUCGGAUGGAGCGGGCAAAGACUGCUCCGCGAUACCCAACACUGCAUCUGUAGGGUGCGAAGCUGGCGACUGUAUCAUAUAUUCUUGUAAGCCUGGAUUCGGUCUGAACGGCACGGACUGUGUACAGGUAUGAGACCGUGGACAAUGGAGACCUCUCUCUGCAUCGACUGCUUUGUAUAACGAAUGAAGAUAGAAAUGCAGCGCUAUCGCCAC